GAGCGAGCGCCGGCUCGGACGACGAGCGCACUGCUGAGGCGAGUGGCCGGGCGGGAUGGGCUGGCGCUAGCGGCUUGCCUCGGGCGGCUCUCUUCUCGCCAUGUAGCGCGACCUGCGGGCGCUCUCUCGCUGGCCUGGUGGAUCCGUUCCAUUGCAGCCCGGCGGGGACCAUGCGGAGAGCCCCGGCACCCGGGCUGCUGCUCCCGCCGCCGUCGCCGCUGCUCCUGCUGCUCGGGCUCCUGAUGCUGGACAGGGGCUGCACGGCGCAGUACUCGAGUGACCUGUGCAGCUGGAAGGGGAGUGGAUUAACACAUGAGUCCCACAAAAAAGAUGUGGAACAGGUCUACCUCCGCUGUUCUGAAGGAUCCAUAGAGUGGAUGUAUCCCACAGGAGCGCUGAUAGUCAAUCUGCGACCCAAUGUUGUUACUUCCUCUUCCAAACAUUGGACUGUUUGCAUAAAGCCUUUCAAGGACUCUGCAGGAGCAAAUAUUUAUUUGGAAAAAACUGGAGAACUGAAACUGCUCAUCCAAGAUGGAGAUCACAACCCCACUAGAGUGCGUUGCUUCAGCUUUGAUCAGGGCGGACUCUUUGUCGAGGCUACCCCUCAGCAGGACAUUAGUCGGAAGAUUACAGGCUUCCAGUAUGAACUGAUAAACAAGGGGACAGCAUCUGAUUUGCACAUGAUUUCUGCUCCCUGUCGACCUUGCAGUGACACAGAAGUGCUGUUGGCUGUCUGCACUAGUGACUUUGUUGUCAGAGGUACGAUCCAAAAUGUAAUUAAUAAGGAAGAAGAGCAAGAUUCCAUCAUUGAAGUGAGCGCGAAUAGAAUCUACAGGCAGAAGACAAAGAACUUCAAACCGGCAGAGGAGAAUGGUAACUGGCACGGACCGAUCAAGACCCUUCUCCAGUGUGGGGUGAAACCAGGGGAAGGAGAGUUCCUCUUCACAGGCCGCAUGCACUUUGGGGAGGCCAGGCUAGGCUGUGCUCCUCGUUUCAAAGACUUCCAAAGGAUGUAUAAAGAGGCCAAGGACAAAGGGAUGAAUCCAUGUGAAAUCGGCCCAGACUGAAACUGCAUUCUUCAUCGGUAGAUCACUCAGCCAGAAAUAAUUUUUAGUUGCUGCAGAUGCCUUGAUCUAAGUGGAACUAAUAACAGAGAGUGGAACAACCUGAUGCCAGAAUGAAAGAUUUUUCUACUUUGGAGAUUCAUCAGAGGAGACUGGAUUAGCUUCUAUCAGGCAGGGUUUAAGUCUAGGGACUCCUGUUGCUACCAGAGACUAGACUCAGGAACCCUUGAGGUACCUUCUAACUCUGUGAUCUUACCAGUACAGGAACCACACACGCCAGUCCUUGUGGCCAGUGUCACACUAGCAGAAGUAUCUAAGGUACGAGUUAAGGAUCUAAGGCUGGAAUGGAAUCCCACACCUUGUCCAUGUGAACUAAAUUAUUUUUGUAACUUCCUUAGGGGGUGGGGAACAAUUAAAAAGAAAUGCAUCACAAUCUUCAUGUCUUAAAAAUAUCAGGCAACUGAUGAACCUUUGUAUCUUUGUAAUACUAAUGUUUUAAAAUGUGUUAAGCAGAUGUAGCAUUUUGCAUGGUAUAAAUGGACAACAGCGUGGUAGAAGCCGGUGAAACCUUCUUAACAUUGAUGCUUUGUAAAAAGCUUGGUGUACAAAUUUUUGAAAUUGUUUCUUAUGACAGAAAUUUAUGAAACCAAACACUUGCUUUCCUUAAAAAAAACAAAACAGAGAGAGAAAGAGAGAGAGAGAGAGAAUGUACAAUUGCCACCUGCAGUUUUUUCUCAGGCUGGUGAGUUGUUUCCAUUCCAGAGAAAUAAAAUGUUCCUGGACUUGAGCUAAUGUUAUCAUGACUUCCAUAGGGUUUUGUCUCCCACAGUUUAAGGCACAUGGUUCCGAAUGUGCAGGUGCCAGUGUCAGGAUUGUGAUGAAACUACUUUAACCUUCUGGUUCUGUUUAUUUCUGCACAGUUUUCAUACAUGCUCCAGGGUCAACCCUAAUUCCUUACAGGUAUAAGGCAAGGUCCUAGUCUCAGACAGUGGCUUCUUAGAAUGCUCAGCAAACUUGAGGGGCCACCUCUGUAUUUGCCACAAAACAUUCCUCAGCAUAGCAGAGAAGGCCCUCCUGGUUGCUGGGGGGGGAGGGGGGGCAUGUGAAAAAUACUCUCAGUUAGUUGCUCCACUUUUACAGAAUUCACCUUCCCAUGGAUAUUGGUCAUAUUCUUAGUCUGAGUAUAUUUGGCUUGAGGAGACAGCUUGUAGAUGGGGGUUCAGUGUCUUGGCUUCUUGUGCCUAGUUGUGACAUUUUCAAUAUCCCAUUACUAGCCUUGAACUGCCAUUGCAGUGUGUCACACAAGUUAAUAAAAUGAAAUUCCAUUGUUCA